CCAAAACUCCUCCCUGGAUGGGAAAAAAUGAAAUCGUCACCGGCCAUCAGUCCACCCGCGGAAGGCGCUGCGACGAGAAGGGCAGGAGCUUCCACACAAUUACAUUUCUUUGUACGGAAAUAUCUGGACUGAGGAUAAAUGAUCGACGGGGUUCAGUUGUUGCAUCAACAAUGUAUAUCCGAGGACAAAAGGAAUACGUCUGGAUUCACAUUGUUGUGUCCCUUUGUCUCUGUGACGGGUCUGCUUCGCAGUUAUCCUACUCGAUUUCCGAGGAGGUGAACAAAGGCACCGUAGUGGGGAAUAUUGCAAAGGAUUUAAACAUCAAUGUACAUGAACUGGAGACCAGGGAUCUACGUAUUGUUUCCAGUUACAGUAAGAAAUAUUUUGACGUGAAUUUGCGCACCGGGAACAUCUUUGUUGAUGAGAGGAUAGACAGAGAGGAGCUUUGUCCGAAUGUGGUGAAAUGCUCGUUAAAAAUUCAAGCCGUUUUAAACAACCCAAUGACUGCACACCGCAUAGAGGUUAAUGUUUUAGAUAUAAACGAUAAUUCGCCUGCUUUUAUUGAGAACACGUAUUCUCUGAAUAUUUCUGAAUCAUCUUUAACUGGCGAACGAUAUCUUCUCCCCAUAGCAGUAGACGCAGACAUAGGCAGUAACUCCGUGAAGACGUACAAGUUGAGCCAGAAUGAACAUUUCUCGCUUGAUGUGCAGAGCGGUGGAGAACACGGUGUGUCUGCUGAGUUAGUGCUGCAGAAAGCUUUAGACAGAGAGAAACAGUCGGUGAUCACACUUGUCUUUACCGCUGUAGAUGGAGGUAAACCGCCUAGAUCGGGGUCAUUACAAAUACAUGUUAAUGUUGAAGAUGCCAAUGAUAAUAUACCCACUUUUAGCAAAUCGCUCUAUAAGGCGCGUGUGCCUGAAAAUGUUGCACCCGGAACAGUGGUGAUAAAGUUAAAUGCAACCGAUUUAGACGAGGACAUGAACAGUAAGAUCCUGUAUUCAUUGAUAAAACGAGGAAAUAUCGAUCCGUCAAAUAUGUUUCAUCUAAAUUCAGAAACAGGUGAAAUCACUGUGAAGGGAACAUUAGAUUAUGAAGAGACGCCUGCGUAUGAGGUCAGAGUUCAAGCAAAGGAUCAAGGCUUUUCUCCUAAGAGUACUCACACAAAACUGUUGAUAGAGAUAAUUGAUGUGAAUGACAAUGCCCCAGAAAUAUCCGUGACGUCACUCAUGACCCCAGUUAAAGAAGACGCAGAACUGGGGACAAUAGUUGCUUUGGUUACAGUCAGUGAUAAAGAUGGAGGGAACAAUGGUGUAACUAACUGUAAGGUAGUGGGAUCUGUUCCCUUUAAACUCAAGUCCAACUACAAAAAUGACUAUUCAUUAGUCGUAGAUGGACCACUGGACAGAGAAAACACUUCUCUGUACAAUGUCACUAUUACAGCCACAGAUGAGGGAAGUCCACCUCUGCUGUGA